AUGUCCUUAGUUGACGAUGACAACCACGACGCCAAUGUUUUACCAUUUGCUGAUUGUGAAAUUGCUACUGACGUUCAUUUAGAUCGUGCAAUUUCUCAACUAUCGAAACAUAAUAAAAAUACAAAGACACGCCAGAAGUCAAGAAAACGACGAUUCAAUGAUACUAACAAUGACAAGGAUAUUAAUUUAUACAAUGCAUUAUCUUGCAUCUAUUUUGAAAAUGCGGAAGAAGAAAAUAAUUUUCUUAAAUUUAUUCCAUAUACAGGACCCAGUAAUACUUUACAUCUUGGACAACAUCUUUAUCUCCCACAAUUAAUAUCAAAUACUACUAAUGAUUCAAAGUUUAGUUUUCAACGUUUUAUUCAAGAUUAUGAUCAAACAGCAAUCACAUUUCUAACAUCAUCAUUGGACACCAUGUCUCUUUCUAUCUAUUUACGUUUUGGAAUUUCUUAUAUAACAAAAAUAGAUAGGACAUCUGAUGAAUCAAUGUCUCUUAGAGAUUUUACAAUUCUUCGAACUCGAGGUAAAAAACUUAAAACAUCAUUCUAUACAUGUAAAGGUGUUACUUCACCAAAACGUCUUCUAACAACAAUUACUAAACUUAAUUAUCAUCAAAUAUCAUCAAAUACAUAUUCAUAUGAAAUUCAAUUAUAUGCAAUGAAAAAUAAUCUAAAUAGUAUUCUUCAUUUUCAAUAUGAUGAACAAUUUCAUUGUCGUUUUAUACAUUCUCGACCAGAUCAUCCAGUUAAUUUUGAUUUUAUUCGUAAUAAAACAUCAAGUAUAUUUCGUUCAAUAGAUGAUUCAUAUUCAGAUAUAUUCGAUUUUCGUAUUCAAUUAUCACGAAUAAAACAUUUAUCACAAACUGAUCCUAUUGUUUUAGAUAUAUUACGUGGUGUACCUAUUGAUCAAGUUUUAUUUCUUGAUACAUCAACACAAGUUUUACAUGUUUCAUCAAAAUUACAAAAAUUUGUUAAAUAUUUAAAAUGUACACGUUCAAGUAGUUAUCAAAAUUUUGAUGAUCAAUUUGUUAUAAAUAUUGGUACAUAUGAAGAAUUUCAAUUAAAUAGACAAGGUCAAUGUGAACCAUUAAUGAAAUCAUCCAAUACAAUGACAAUUGAAUUACUUGAUGUGAAAACUAUACCAUCAGGAAAAAAACUUUAUGAUACUGGAAUGUGGUUUUCAACGUUAUGUCAAACAUGUGUUGAUUUACCGACAGCAACAAUUGAAAAAGAUUAUAAUAAAUCAUUUAAAUGGUUUUCAAGUAUAUUUGUUUGGGGUAAAAAAUAUAAUCAAUCAAUAAAACAAAUGAGUGUUAAUCAAUUAACAACAUAUAAAACACAACAAUCUACACAAAGUUAUACAAGUGAAGAAUUAGCAUUUGUAAAAAAAAUUUUACGAGAAGAAAAUUUACGAAAUAUUUUAUUGAAUACAAAUGAAGAAAAAUCUUAUGAUAGAAAAGAUAUUGAACAAAUAUUUGAAAAUAUUAUGAAAAGAUUAAAAACAAGUGCUGCACCAUCAGCUAAUGAAGCUAUGAAAAAAGUUGAACGAGCCUAUCGUCUUGUAUGUAAAGAACUUAUUGAGUCAUAA